AUGUUUGGAGUUGAAAAAAAUAUAUUUACUAAAAAGAAGAAAGAUGUUUAAUUCACUAUGCAAUUCAGCUAAACAGUUGACAACAAUGAUUUGAAUAAUCUUUUAACUAUGUUAAAGCCAUAUCAUAAGAAGAUAGAAAUAUUUUUUGCUGAACAAAUAUAGUUCAAAUCUUCAGCAAUACAAAAAUUUGGAGAAAUAUUAAUGUCUAUAAAAAAUAUAAAUUAUCUUCAACUAGUUAUCAAAAAAUGUGUAUUAGAAGGAUUAGAAGAGAUAGAACAACUGGCUUUAGUGUUACAAAAACUACAAAUUUAAGAAAUAAACUUGGUUCUUUAAUAAUCGAAUUUGAGAUAGUAAGGUUAUAUUAAAUUAAUAUAACUAUUUUCUUCCAAUAAAACUGUGAAGGAUCUAUCUUUGGAUUUAAGUGUAAAUUCUUUAGGACCUACAGGCUGUUCUUAGGUAUGUCAAUAUCUAAAAAACUUUGAAAAUAUACAAGUUCUCAGUCUUAAUUUAGGAUCAAAUACAAUUAAACAAUCUGGAGCGAUCGCUUUAGGUUAAGAGCUUUCUAAACUUUAAUCUUUGAAAGAACUAAAUUUGAAUAUAUCUUGCAAUAGCAUAGGUUAAGAUGGAAUAAAGUAAAUGCUUAAUAAUAUAUUAAAAAUUACUGCUUUACAAACCUUAGAUUUAAAUUUAAAUUAAAAUUUCUUAUCUGAUUUUGGAGCUAAGCAGAUAGGUGUUGAAUUAUUUGCUUCUAAAUUAUAAAAAGUGUCUCUAGAUUUAAUGCAUAAUUCUUUAAGUUAAUAAGGAAUAAUUGAAUUUCUAACAUAAUUAAAUUUUUCGUAUUCCCUAAUUACUAUUUCGCUAAAUUUAAACGAAAAUCAAAUAAAAAAUGACUCAAUAAAUGUAAUACUUGAGAAUCUUUCUCAAUUGAAAAGAAUCAAAUUUCUAGAAUUACUUUUUAGUGUUGAAAGAAAUACUGAUACUGAAUAGUAUAUAUAGUUUGGUAGAGCUUUAAAAUAAUGCCAAUACUUAAAUGCUUUAAAAAUAAAUGUCUGUGAUCAGUCAAAGUUUAUCUAGCAUCUAUAGUAAAACAAUUCAAUUCUAAGGUAUAUGCUCAAGUCCAAAAGAAUGAUUUAAUGUUAUGCUUAUUCAUGA